AUGGCGUCGAGUCGGUCACAGUCGCGACGGCGACUUCUGGACUUUUUAUUGCUGUUAGCUGUGGCCUCAACGUCUUCGGCUCUCAACUUAUCGCAGUUCCAGGUUAUCACAUCGAGUCAAAUACCGAAACGUUGUAUCCGCGCCUACCAAACCGAGAUAGCGGGUUGUACAAGGAACGACUUUACGAAUGGAAGACAAUGUUCGUCGAGUUGUGUGAAAGGAUUACAGGCAACAACAGAUCUUAUUGGCGAUGCUUGCGGAGAUCUCAAUGUUACCCCGAAUUCGUUGCUUGGAAUCGUGUUAUUGGGGAACUUAGUGGAGGUGUUAUGUCCCGGAUAUCAAACCACAACGGUGACCAAGACAGUCAAGCCGUCAUUGACAUCAGGGUUUUCAACAAUAGUCCCUGCGCCUACCAUUACAUCAGUGGAUACCAACACAAAUGCCAAUACUAAGACAACCAAAACGUCACAAAAGGCAACUCAAACUAAUGAGGCAUCAACGACAGUACAACAAACAAGUCAAGAAACUCAACCAGCGCCAACCACGAGUGCGAACCAAGACACAUCAUCGCCUUCAAAUACCGAUGCUACUCAAACACAAGAUACGGCGCAAUCCAGUGCGACUAAUCAGCCGGCACAGUCAUCGUCUUCAUCUGACGAUGACUCGGAUACACCAACACCUUUUAUAGGUGGUAGUCCAUUCGAUCCUGCGCCUAUUCAAAGCUCAGGCAAUACUUUACAUCUGGGCUUCUGUAUAGAAACCUUCAUGGCCACCAUCUUCAGUGCUAUCUUAUUGUUACGGUAG